AUGCCUUCAUUGAUGCGUUCCCUCUUUAUAGUUUCUGUCUCUGGUGUCAUCAUUUUUAUCGUCUUCUAUGUGUUCAAUUUUGGGGGUGAUCAAGGCUUCGAGAAACUAAAUACCUCAGAGACUUGGUUGCUGUCUCAAGUCUGCACAACCUUUCUCAAAGGGAAAACAUCUUUCCUGUGGAGGAACAAACUCAUGAUGUAUGAGAAAUCUUCUUGCAAGGAAUACUUGACCCAAAGCCACUAUAUCACUACCCCCUUAUCUAAAGAAGAAGCGGAAUUUCCUUUGGCAUAUGUCAUGGUCAUUCAUCACAAUUUUGAUACCUUUUCAAGGCUCUUCAGGGCUAUUUACAUGCCCCAAAAUGUCUACUGCGUUCACGUGGAUGAGAAGUCCACAGCUGAAUUUAAAGAUGCUGUGGAGCAAUUACUGAGCUGCUUCCCAAAUGCUUUCCUGGCUUCCAAGAUGGAGCCGGUUGUCUAUGGGGGGAUUUCCAGGCUCCAGGCUGACCUGAACUGCAUGAGAGACCUAGCAGCCUUGGAGGUUCCCUGGAAAUACGUGAUUAACACCUGUGGGCAAGAUUUCCCCCUGAAAACCAACAAGGAGAUAGUUCACUAUCUGAAAGGGUUUAAAGGGAAAAAUAUUACCCCAGGGGUGCUGCCCCCAGCUCACGCGAUUGGCAGGACUAAGUAUGUCCACCAAGAGCACCUGGGCAAAGAGCUUUCCUAUGUGAUCAGGACGACAGCGUUGAAGCCACCUCCUCCCCAUAAUCUCACCAUUUACUUUGGUUCUGCCUAUGUUGCUCUAUCAAGAGAGUUUACCAACUUUGUUCUCCAUGACCCACGGGCUAUCGAUUUGCUCCAGUGGUCCAAAGACACUUUCAGUCCUGAUGAACAUUUCUGGGUGACGCUCAAUAGGAUUCCAGGUAUGUGA